AGUUGAUGUUAUUUUUUUUUGUAUAAUGUAAUAAAUACAUGAUGAGGACAAUUUACUGGUUUCUACUGAUUACAAGCCAGGCAUUUAGUAAAGAAUCCAUAAUCACAUGGGACGAAUGGGGUAAUUGUCAACCUAAGCACGGAAGUCUAGACAAAACAUGUUUGGGGACGCAGUCAAGGAAUGGAAGAGAGACAGACAAAAAGGGAGAGGAAAAAAGGAGUUUUUCAGAAUCUAGAGAUUGUUUUAUAACUACAGCUAUAGUAGAUGGUGGUUACACGGCCUGGGGCACAUGGGACGAUUGUACAUAUUAUUGUUAUGGAGCAACCUCGAGAUACAGAACGUGUCAUGAUCCUACACCAUGUAAUGGCGGGAAAGAUUGUAGCGAUCUCGGGAGAGACACACUAACUAAGGACUGUGGACCAGUAGCAGGACAAUGGACAGAAUGGGGAUCUUGGAGUAGUUGUCAUAUGCCACUAGGUGUCAGUGGUUACGGAACUGGUACCCAUGAACGUUAUCGACAUUGUACAGCUCCCAGUCCUAUAUGUGGUGGAGACUACUGUAUUGGUGAUAGUAUGGUUAAUGAAAACUGUAGAGUUGUACCUCCUUGUUUUAAUUAUCCGAUGUUUAGUAAGAAAUUUUUACGCCUUGAAUCUCCAAUGGAGAUUUAUACGUCAUCAAAAGUAGACAUAUAUUUACGUACUCAAAACAAAUGUGCACCGGAAACCAUUAUCCACACUUAUUACGAGUUAUAUAAAAUACACAAUGAAACAACAGAGAUUCAGAUUGGAGAAACACAAUGGAAUCUAAAGUUCGUUUUUAAUCCAGGAGAACUUGAAAUAGGUUUUUAUCGUUUAUAUGCAAGAAUCGGAUACCCUGAUGAGGCAAUGGCCUUCUGGAUGGAAGAAUCAAUGUUUGUUCAUAUAACCCAUCCACCGCCACACGCCUUUAUUAAAGGUGGGGACGGAAGGACCAUUGGAGAAGGAGAUUUGGAUUUCGAUGCCAACUCAGUGUCGUACAGUGUAGAUAAAGGUCCCGGUAAUCCCACCGGACUAACCUUCCAAUGGAAAUGUCUCAAUUUUAUGACGAACAAUUUAUACAAUUUACUACAGUUUAAUCUUGAUCCUGUCACGGCAUUUAACGACUCAUCAGAAGUAUAUAAAAAGAAAUGGUACGAAACUAGUUAUAUACAGUAUAUAGACGACGAAGUCGCUUUCAUCAACGGGUCUACCUUGUAUUCAGUUGUUAAAAGACUAAGAAAUGCAAACACUACAUGUUUACUAGGAGGACAUAUUUAUGUAAAAACUGAACUUGAAAGAUACACAAGCCAAGCACCUAGCCAUGAUAGUAGUACAGAAGUAUAUAGCCAAGCACCUAGCCAUGAUAAUAGUACGGAAAUAUACAGUCAAUCACCUGAAAACAAAACUUUUGGUGUUUUCACUACCACUGUAUCAUAUAACAUCUCUAGUAAUACUCUGGCAACGACAUUGGCGCCCAUGUAUGAAUUAAAACCUCUAACAAAGUUUUAUGAUAUAGACUAUAUGUAUGAAAUGGAGUUUAACCCAAGACGAGAACUAAGUACAGCAUCUGUAAUCCCUGUUGAAACACAAAGUAUUCUUGUGAAGAACGAACUGUUAGAAUUUCUUGCAUCAUUGUACGACGAAGACUCUGAAACGUUUCGAUUGGACACGAUUGACUUUUUUAAAUAUCUCUCGGAAAGUUCAUUAACACUCAACAGUUUGUUUCAAGUCGGUGAUUUACCGGGAUUACCGCCAAGCGCUAAUGGUACGUUUUUUGAAGAUUUAAAUCAUUGGCUUGAGAAUGCGGAACUUUCAAAGUCUAUUUCAGAUAACUUACUUACUUUGAUUAGUGAUUUCAAAUUAAUUCAGCCACAUAUAACGAGAGCAAUAGAAUUAGUAGACAUAAUAGGUAUAGAAGCCUUUUUCCAACUCAAAAUUGACGAUUCGGGAAAAUGUCUCUUAGACUAUGUAGGAGACAUAUUGGACGGGUUUAUUACAAUAGAUUCCAUGAGAUGGCACGAUAUGAAAGAGCAGGAACUGUUCUACUUGAAAUGGUUAGGGGACGAGAUAUUCGAAGCUAGCAGCUGUCCGCUUUUCAAUGAUUCUGAUAACGGACAUGGAAAUCUGACUGUCACGUCACAGGAUGUUUUAGACGGAAUGGGGUUUCUACUUUAUAUAAGAGUGGAAUACGACCAUUCUAUCAGUUACUUUAUACAGCAUGCGCAGUCAAUACCGGGAAAUGUACAGGAGGUUAAAAUAGAAUGCAGGUUGAACUGUAUGGAGAAAACAUCCCUGACAUCUUUACUGUCGCUACGAGCUACCUGUUCUUCGUGUACCUUUCAACAGCAGAAAGAAAACAAAUUUUGGUGGAAUGUUAAAAAUUUCGAUCUAGGCACUAAAACAUCUACAAAUAAUAGUAACUGGCAAUCCUGGAUGUUAUCUGAGUUGAACACAAAUCGAUUUGUUAUGAAAGCCAAUGCUUUAACCGAGAACACAGGAUACCUUAUCGAGAGCUUUAUGGAGCUAGCAUCAGGAGAGAUAAGUACCAGUAUCUGGAUAGUCAAGACCAAUAUACUUCCUUAUGGUGGAUCUUGUGAAGUUGAGGACGCAGACUGGGGAGAAAAGAAAGUUACAACAGACGGAUGGAAGGACGAGGGUUACAGAAGUUACAGAGACUCUAACUAUGAUUGGAAAGAACAGAUAAACUUUAGAAUAGUAGAGCUGACAUCAGAAGGAAAAGAAAUUUUACUUUAUUACGGAACGGAAGAAGAUAAUUAUAUACGACUUAAACCUGGUAAAGAGAAAGACGAUUACAAUGUUACAGUUAAAGUACAAAUCUACGACAUAUUCGUUGAUUAUGCAGAAUGUACGAUCAACGUAGGUCCGAUUCUACCUGGCUAUAUAACUGACGAUGAACCCAGUGUGGCAGCAUAUCUGAAUUCUUCAUCUGAUAACAUUGAGUAUUACCGGAAGAUUGGAAAUGUCAAACAAGUAGCCAUGAACACAGAAGUAGCUGGAACACCUAUGAAAGAAUUGACUUUGAAAUCGAAUGGGACUAUCUUUGAUACCGAUCCAGCUGAUUGGGGAAGUAUUGGUAUUGAAACACGUGAUGAUGGUUCAAAUAUCACCAAAACGUUUGAUGAAUUAUGGGAUAUGUAUCAACAUCCGGAUUAUGGAAAUGUUUCACUUCACAAUGAAAUAAUGCAGAAACUACUGAACUUUUCUAGUAUAUUAUUUGAAGCCUCUGAUUUAGUUGAUGACUCGUCUUCUGUGGAUUUAGAUCAAGUUGCAUACAGUAUUGGAACAAUAAUUGAUAAUAAAGAUUUCACUAUUAACAACACUGCGUCUAAUGCGUUCAAGGGAAAUAUGUUACUUCUGGACAAGCUGAUUAAGUUAGCUGACAAUGAUACUUAUCCAAAGUAUGAAGAUUAUAUUAUAACAUGUCAAGCUGUGUUAAGAGUCCUUAAUAAUGCGUUAGAAGCGAUUUUACCCAAGACUGCAGCUGACACACCAAGCCAGUUAGACAUAUAUACUAUAAUGUCGGAUAUCUCCAGCAGACAGGAGUAUGGUGAACCGAAUGAUGCUGAUCUGACUCCUGCAGAGAGAGCAUUCAUUGCCUCACAGAUUGCUUUAAAGAACGAACUUGAUGCUGAAAUCGAAAAUGAUGUAGUGCAAACUGAGAUAACGGUAUUGUUAGAAAGUAUUUCACACCUUGGAAAGGUACUACACAUGUUGAACUAUCGUAAACAAAUGCCUGUAAGUACCCAAGUGGGAAACAUUGACUGUUCUCAGGACAAAAAACUGAUUGGUGACUUGAUCAAGGAUGGAUUAAAUCAAGAUAACGUAAAGUUGAGUUUUACUGAAUCUACGUCGAGGUCUCUUGAAGAACAGAACGUACAGGUAACGGUAUAUGAUCAUACACCAUAUUCAUGGGAUGAGGAAUCGAAAUUCAUAACAUCUAAAACAGUAUCUGUAUCGAUUGGUAAUGAUAACACAAAUAACGCUGCAAUACCAUCCAAAAUCAAACUACAGAAUAAUUUGCCAGCAAAGAAAUCUAUACAAAUCGCAAUUCCAAUGGAUAAAACUGAACCAACAUCACAGAUGCUGUUGUAUAAACUGUUCUGGAAAACUCCUUCAGACAACCUUAUAUUUAGUAUUACAAAAGCUGUUGAUCACCUGAGCCACACUGUAUAUAUUCAAAGUAAAACUCCUCCAACAGAAGACACGUAUAACUUGAAGAAAUCCAUAGAACCAGGUGACUGGGUGUCGACUGAUGAAAUACAAAUUGUUUUUGAUGGUGGACUAUACACACAACCGUAUAAUGUCUACAUCGGAGUUCGUGUAUAUUUAGAGGCACCAGCAACUGACAUAUCAACAAGAAAACGACGAGCGUUAAGUACAACCAUUGUAGAAUAUGAAAUGAUUGGUGCCACGGCAGGUUGUCGGGUUUGGGAUACUGUAAAUGAGAAAUGGGAUAAAUCAUCAUGUAAGUUUUCGUCAUCGUCGACAAUAAACGAAACAGUAUGUGAAUGUUCCAAUCCACCAGGAAACAGUUUCGCCACAACAUUUUACGUUCCACCAAACACCAUUGACUUUGGUAGCGUAUUUAACAAAUUCGACUUGAAAAACAACGCUGGCGUUUUUGCAACUGUUAUAUCUCUUAUACUUGUGUACCUCCUUAUUUGUGUAUGGGCAUAUAGGCAAGACAGAGCGGAUCACCACAGGUGGGCCUUAUCCUACCUUAUUGAUAAUGGACCGUAUGAUGAGUACCUCUACAUUCUUACGGUGUACACAGGUCUACAUAGGCAUGCUGGUACCAAGUCCAAGGUUCAUUUUCAGAUAAUUGAUGGUGAUCCAGCCACUCAAAAACAUGUCUCUACAGAGACUAGAACCUUAGACGACGGCACACAUGAAAUAUCAGACCAAUAUAAACGGCGAAAAUAUCCAGUAUUGUAA